GUUUUUCCUUGUUGCCAGCCCAUACAACAUUCGUUCACCCCAAUCCCCAAAGUUCGAGGUCCAUAAUGGGUCCCCCCGUCAAUUCUUCCCACUUGGCCUAUGAUGCCUCCAUUGUCUUCUGGAGGCUCAUCGUCAACAUAUUUUUUCGUGAAGUACGGCCGCGUGGUGCUUUCAACAUUCCUCGUGAUGGGCCUAUAAUUUUGGUUGCAGCUCCUCAUAACAAUCAAUUCCUCGAUCCUCUUCUGCUUGCCUUGCAAGUCUACAAAGAAACUGGACGACAUGUGCAAUUUCUUACCGCAGCUGCCAGCAUGAAGCGGAAAGCCGUAGGAUUCUUCACCCGUCUGAUGGAUAGCAUUCCCGUUGAACGGGCUGCGGACAAUGUCAAAGCUGGAACCGGGAAAGUGUAUCUUUCGGAUGAAGACCCUUGUCUCGUUUUGGGAAAAGAUACAAAAUUUCUCUCCGAAUUCUCUCCCAGAAUGCAAAUCCUCUUGUCAAAAUCUGUUGACUACGCCAUCGCCGAGGUCGUGGAAGUAAUCUCGGACACAGAAUUAAAAAUCAAGCGUGAGUUUGGAGGAGAUAAGGGCAAAGGGACCAACAAGGUCAGAGAGAAAGCAGCAGAGUUACGGCGAGAGGGACAGGAUGGCCUCGAAUUCAAGACUUUACCUUACGUGGAUCAGCAGGUCAUGUAUCGCUACGUCUACGACUGCUUGAAACAAGGCGGAAGCAUUGGGAUAUUUCCUGAAGGUGGUAGUCACGAUCGUACCGAUCUUUUGCCGCUCAAAGCUGGUGUGUCGAUCAUGGCUCUUGGUGCAAUGGCGAACGACCCCAAUUGUCGUGUCAAGAUCGUCCCAGUUGGUUUCUCGUAUUUCCAUGCCCAUAGAUUCCGUUCACGAGCUGUGGUGGAAUUCGGAACUGCAUUGGAUGUCCCAGAGGAACUUGUCGAAAUGUUCAAACAGGGUGGCACACAAAAGCGCGAUGCCGUGGCACAAUUCCUUGACCUCAUUUACGAUGGGUUAAAGACUGUUACCGUUCGUGCCCCGGACUACGACACCCUCAUGUUGAUCCAAGCUGUCCGUCGGCUUUAUAAAACUCCUAGUCAACACCUGACCUUAGGGCAAGUGGUUGAACUCAACCGACGUCUUUUAGAGGGAUACACGCACUUCAAAGACGAACCUCGAGUUCAAAAGCUUCGCACAGACGUCCUGAAAUACAAUCGUCUGUUGCGCGAUUUGGGUUUGCGAGAUCACCAGGUUCCACGAGCUCAGAAAGCUAGUUGGAAAACACUGGGCCUACUGACCUACCGCUUAGGUCUGCUCAUGGUAUGGUCAGUGCUUGCUCUGCCUGGCACUAUCCUCAAUGGUCCCAUGUUCAUACUGGCCUCAGUUCUAUCCCGGAAGAAAGCCAAAGAGGCACUCGCGAAAUCUACCGUCAAAAUCGCUGCUAAGGACGUGAUUGCGACAUGGAAAGUGCUUAUCUCUCUGGGAGUGGCCCCCCUUCUUUACUCUUUAUAUGCAAUCUUGGCGACCCUAGUCAUGAUUCGCGCAAAAGCCCCAAUGAGAUGGAGGGUAAUGACACCAUUCGUCCUGUUCCUUGUGUUGCCGAUUAUGAAUUAUGCCGCCCUCAAGUUCGGAGAGGCAGGAAUGGACGUCCUAAAAUCUUUGAGACCGCUCAUUGUUGCUUUGAUUCCCGGUCAGCAGCGUUCGCUGGACAAACUGAAGAACAUGCGGGUACAACUCUCUAAUGAGGUCGCCAGCUUGAUAAAUGACCUCGGUCCAAAAUUAUAUUCCGACUUUGAUCAGACUAGAAUCCUAGUCCCGUCCGCGAGCGUGCCCCCUUCGACCGGUACGCCAGGCCUGUGGAGGAGGAAGAGCAGCACAGGUGCUGUCGACGCUCAAGGUCUGGGUUUAACUCAUCCAAUGACUUGGAUCGAUGAACGCCUCUUUGGCUGGACUAAGAGUGCCAGACGCGGGACAAGUGCGUGGAGCGGCAUCGUCCUUACCCUUGAUGAACCAAGCAGAGCCGGGACACCCGAUGAUUCGGACGAGGAAGAUGCGGGAGAUUAUGACAACGUUAUUGGCCUAUUACAAGAAGAACAACUCAAUUCCCGAAGUCGGACAAACUCAUAUGCUGAGCUUCAGCGUCUGAGAAGCCAAAGCAACCCCCUGGGAUACUCCUCACAAUUCUCGAUGAGUCCCACCAGUGUCGUCGCAAAAGGCGAUCAACUAUCGUUCCGAACCGGUCGUAGAGAGAGAAGAACGAGUCUAUCAGGUCAGGUCCCUGUUGAACGUAUUGCUGAACUUGAUCAGCAGAAAGAUUUUGGGCAUGCUACCGAUGAUCUGAAUGAGGAAUUCCGUCACAGCAAGGAUGAGUGAACGCAACUUGUUGCAGAUGCUUACUUAUUACACACACAUACAGACUGGUAUCCUAUUCUCUGGAUUAUGAACAGUUUAGAUAUUAUGAUAUUUGUAUCCGAACAAUUGUCGAGUCAUGUCCGGAUACGAUGCACGAUUUACGGCCAUGAGGAAGCUUAAGUUUGUUGUGUUUCUGCUCUUCUUUCUAGAUUUUUGCUGAGGAUAACCGAAGUACUGGUUCUGAGGGGCCCAAAGGAAUCCCA